AUGAUGCAAGUUUGCAGGGCGAGGAGUGCGAAUCUGUGCCGCUUAGCCACUUCCCGCUGCUUCUCCCUGUCUACCGGUCCUGCUACCGGCCCGCUUUCAGGACUGCGAAUUUUGGACCUGUCGCGAAUCCUCGCAGGCCCAUCUGCCACGAUGCUGAUGGCUGACAUGGGCGCGGAAGUUAUCAAGGUGGAAGCACCAAAGUCCGGUGAUGACACCCGACGUUACGCGCCACCCUUCCUGCAGAAGGGACCUGGCGAGGAUUCGGACGUGGCGGCCUAUUUCUCGAGCUGCAACAGGAACAAGUACAGCGUAGCUGUCGACUUCAAGACCAAGGAGGGUCAGGAUGUGGUCAAGCACCUCCUGCACAACAGCGACAUCCUCAUCGAGAAUUUUAAGGCUGGAGGCCUUGCAAAGUAUGGUUUGGGGUUCGACCAGCUCAAAGACGACUUCCCCAACUUGAUCUAUUGCAGCAUCACUGGUUUCGGACACUAUGGACCUUACAGCAAGAGACCCGCUUAUGACAUGUUGAUCCAGGCGAUGGGCGGCUCCAUGAGUUUGACCGGAGAACCUGAUGGCGCACCGAUGAAGACAGGGCUAUCUCUUUUCGACCUGACCGCAGGGCUCCAUGGUGUGAUUGGCAUUUUGGCUGCGCUGCACAACAAGCACGUCACGGGAUUGGGCCAGCAUGUGGACAUCUCCAUGUUGGACGUGGCAGUGGCGCUCCUUGCAAAUCAGGGCAUGAAUUACUUGGCAAAGAAGCAGCGGCAGAAGCGUGUGGGCAAUAACCACCCCAACGUGGUGCCCUACCAAGUCAUGCCAGCCAAGGAUGGUUAUUUCAUCCUCACGGCGUCCAACAAUGAUCAGUUCGAGCGCUUCUGCAAGGUGGCUGGCCGGAUGGAUCUCAUGUCAAAUGAGAAGUUCAACACCAUGAAGGCCCGCGUGGUGCACAGAGAUGUGGUCACUCCCACCUUGAACGAGAUUACCUCUCAGCAUCCGAAGCUCUGGUGGUUGGAGCAGUUGGAGAAGGAGAUGGUCGGAUGUGCUCCGAUUCUGCACCUGGACGAGGUCUUCGCUGAUCCCCACGUCCAGUCCCGCGACAUGGAGAUCCAGAUGAAUUUGCCAGGCUUCACUGAGCCAGUUUCACUCAUCGGCUCGCCCAUGAAGUUCUCGCGCACGAAGGUGGAUUAUCGGCUUCCACCUCCGCGGGUGGGCGAGCACACAGAGCAAGUUCUGCUGGAUUCAGGCAUGUCGCAAGACAGGAUCGAGGACCUGCACGAGAUCGGGGCGAUCGACAACGCCAAGUUUGAGGUGCCGGGUGUGGUUCGACCCCUUGCCCGCAAGAAGCGCAGGAUCGUUGAAGUCAGCGACACUCACCAUGCCUAUCAGUUCCAAGGCUGUGGUUGGGGCAAAGAAUGGCUGAGGGGUGGAUAG